GAAACGCAAUAACAAGUGAAGUGAUUCAGGAAGAAGAAAAGACAAAAAGAAUUCCAGCAAAACAAUCGUCUAAAGGUUGCUGUUAUCAGUUAAAGACCUUUUCCGUGGUUGUGUGACGCGAUGAAGGUCGGACGGUGAAAUGACCAGACGGCCGUCACCUGAAAAUGAGCGUAUUCGGUGAUUUCCUCAAGGUGUGGGACCAAAGGUUCCCGGGCAGCGAACUGCCCUCGGACUGGGUGGCCGACGUCCGAGCCAACCUGAGUAAACACAAGCAGAAGGUGCGGGUGCUGCAGGAGGAGUUGGACCGCGAGAAGACGUACGUCGAGUACCUGGAGCAGCUGCUGCAGGAGAAACUCGAGCAGAACGGGCAGGACCAGUCGCCGACGGAAGAUGUCGGAGAACGGCAGCCGCCCAGCAGCCCCCUGCACGAGGACGCGGCCCUCAAGAUCAUCAACGAGCUGUCCAGGACGCUGGCCAAGAUCGAGAACGGGGCGGUCGGCGACGAAGAGCCCGACGAGGCUGUCAACGAGCUGGUCAAGGGCCGCUCCAUGUCGGACGCCUCGCACUACGUCACCGUCAUCGAAGUCAACGAAGGGGACAUGCGGGCCCUGAAGAAGGCCCACAGUGUCGUCGAGUCCGAGAAGCCAAAGAAGGUGCCACCCAAACCGCCACCAAAGACAUUCCAGCUCAGGAGGGACAACAGCGACAUCAAUGUGAACCAAAUUGCGGAGCGGAAACCAGAAGUCGAGACAAAGGCAGCUGAGACAGCCAAAAUUAAGGAGGAGGCUGAUGUAGAAGGAAAUAUUCCAAAUGAGGAGGAGACUGAAGAGGAAGCAACUGUGAGGCAGCUUGUGGAGGCAGCAGAUUUGAUUGCGGCCUCCGUAAAAGAUGAAGACGAUGGCAGCUCAAGUAAAUCUGUGAGUGCUGAUGAGCCCCUGUAUGACCAAGUCCCUAUGGACGCCGAGGGCGACUACGUAUACCUGACCACCUUGGCCGCUGGUCUGGACAAGAAGGGCCACGAAAGUGGAGGCAGCAUGAGUGACUUGGACGGAGAGGCCACAAUGAAGUCAAGAGCGUCCGGCACCAGCGUUGGCAGCUCAGAAACAGGAACCACCGACACCGACCCCGGUAUUUUGACCUCAAGUCCUGGCUCUCCGUGUAUCUCCAAUUAUGUCAACAUAGACUAUUUCAUCAAGCACAAUAAUGCUGAGGCUGUUGAGAGAACCGGCACAGGAGGCAGCAGACGAAACGAUUCCGCCGAGUCUGACGAAGACGUGCCACCUCUGAUGAGGACAAUAUCACAUGACACGGAUGUUGAGGAUGGCAGGGACAAAUACGCCAGCAACUCUUCACUGGACAUUGUUUCUUCCAGCAACUGGCGUCCAGAAUCAAAGCAGGGGUCGAGCAGUGAAGCGUCAACGGCAACUCGCUCGAGCAUUUCCAAUGAGAAGUCUUCAACCAGAAAGUGCAUCAUUGCGAACAUAAUUGAAAGUGAAACUGCAUUCCUUGGUGGACUGGGUGCUUUAUAUCAGUACAUGAAGGCGGUGAAAGCAACUUUGGGGACUUCACAGCCAGUGAUCUCGCAGGGCGAUUUCAACACCAUCUUUUUCAAAGUGCCUGAACUUUACAACAUGCAUAGGAAAUUCCUGGACAGCCUGAAACGCUCGUACGAGUCCGAUAUGGAAAUUUCUAGUGUUGGAGACCAAUUCAAAAAUCUUGCCCUUCAAAUAAAUGAAUAUGGUGCUUUUCUGCACAACUACGGCCGCGCCACUGACGCUGUCCGCAAGUGCAGCCAGAGCAGCUCGCAGUUUGCUCAAAUCAUGCACAGCAUUCCUGUCAGGACUGAGAGGGGCAAGAUGAAUGAGCAGAAAGUGUCUCUGGAAGAUCUUCUUCACAAGCCCGUCGCCCGCAUUCAGAAAAACACCCUGGUGCUCAACGAUCUGAUCAAGUACACGCCAGAAACGCACCCUGACUACCAAACGCUGGGAGAGGCGCUCGCCAUGAACCAGUCAUUCCUUGACGAAUUUAACAUGAUCCAGACCAAGUCCAUGUUUCCAUCUGCAGAUCGAGCGCAGAGAAGAUUGGUGAAAAAUUCAUUUAUUGUCGAGUUGGCUGAUGGUCAUCGAAAGCUGAGACACCUGUUCCUGUUCAACGAUGUUAUUGCAUGUGCUAAGUACAAGGCCAGUGGACGUGACAAAUUCACAUUCGAGCUCAAGUGGUACAUAGCCCUGAAUGACAUUGUAGUAUACGACGAGUUCGCUGCCGAACCCAAAGAAGUUUCUCCUCCCAGCAUUGUUGCACUCAAGUCGGCAGCUUGCACAGUGCGGGACCAGAUUUUGUGGCAGGAGAGGCAGCUGGAUCUCAAAAGACACGGUUCUAGAGCUGAAAAGCAGCGGAAGAAACUUGCCGAUUUGGAAGCUCAGCUUGUUUUGGCAUCACCAAAUUUGGUGUUCAGAGUAGGCCAGAGAAACCAACGAUCUUACACCUUCUUCUUGUCAUCGGAGUUUGAACGCACUCAGUGGAUAGAUGCAAUUCAGGCCAUGCAGACAAGCCAGUUUCCUGGGCCAAGUGCACCAGUGGGCAUGAAUGAGCUGCAAGCUUGGAUCACAGCUUGUCGGACCUUCUUAAAAACAGACAUGGGCUCUUAUUUGUUGAGGUCAGGUCGAGACGAGAGUUUGCUUUUGGGUGAUCUGCACGUCAAGGUUUGUCGACUUCGUGGUUUAGAAGCGCCUGCCAAUCUUACAGUUUGCCUUGAAGUUGACAGCUACGGCCAUUAUUUCAAAAAGGCAAGAACAAAGCUUGUUUGUGGAUCUGCUGCUCCAGUUUGGGAUGAGGAGUUUGUCGUUGAGUUGGAGGGGUCACAAAACUUGAGAGUAUUACUCUAUGAAGAAACAGGACCUCGGGCAGUUUUGAGAGGAAAAGCUACUCAAAUGUUGAGCCAUUCCUGGCUUGGUCGUCAGUCCUCUUUGAGAACUGUAUCGAUGCAAAGUUACGAGUUGGACUUGAUGGUUCGAUUUGUCCCGAGUGAAGAGACACUGCGCCGAGUGCCAACAGCCAAAGUUUCAGGGCUCUUCGGAGCCAAAAUCCAGCAAGUUUGCAAACGACAAAAACGUCCUGUGCCAUUUAUUAUUACCAGCUGUGUUCGUGAAGUUGAGCGCCGAGGAAUGGACGAGAUCGGCAUUUACCGAGUUUCGGGCUCAGCGUCAGACCUCAGCAAACUGAAGAAGUCAUUUGAGACAAACUCGUAUGAAGCUGAACAGCUUUUGAAGGAAGUUGACAUCCAUUCUGUGACUGGAAUUCUGAAGCUCUAUCUACGAGAGCUGCCUGAAGCUUUGUUUACGGACGCCCUGUAUCCAAAACUCUUCGACAUCAUCAACAAUUCCGAAAUGGAUUCCAGCUCGAAACGACAAAACCUUCUCACAAUGUUCAGACAGCUCUCAUCGCAGAAUCAGCAAAUCAUCCUCUUUCUUCUGGCUCAUAUGUCAAAAAUCAACCAGCAAGAGCAUGUGAAUAAGAUGUCGUUGCAUAAUUUGGCAACUGUCUUCGGACCAACCCUCCUUCGGCCGUGCUCCAACACAAAUGCCCACCACCGAGACCCCCUUGCUGCCGGCACCGUGGACGUCAUGGCUCAGGCUGGCAUUUUAUACCAAUUUUUGCAGUGCUACGUCAGCGGUGAGCUGCGCAACAUCAUUCCCGGUUUGCCGGCUACAAAUCAACGCAGCUAAAUGUGCAGGGUAUUCACAUCAGUAGUAGAAUGAUUUUUCUAGGGAUCAAUAUCACGCCAAAUGCCUUUGUCUUUUGUAUUCGACGAUAUAUUUGGUAGCAUUUUUACAUGAGAACAAUACAAUUAAUUAUUCCGAGCAGCUGUUCCUUGUGCAGCUGACGAAACAGAAAAUCUCUUUUGCACAUUCUACAAGUGCCGGCCCCGAACCAUGGCGGCGCGGACGACGCUUUUAUUUUUUGUAAACAUGAUUAUUAUGUAUGGUAAUUGAUAGAACCGUAGGGUAACAUCCCCUCAUUUGCAUCGAGAAAUAGGCCAUAUUUUCCGUAAUAGGUGUAUUAUCAUAUUAUGAUAGGUUAGUCUCUACAGUCUACAACUUUAUUCUAUGUUGGUGGUGUGCGAAAAUUUUAAUUUCUAGUCAAUAGGGAGAAGAAAGGAAAUAGUUUCAAAUCAUAUGUUCAGCGACGAAAAAAAAUCUAUCAAUAAAUCAGACUUCAGAUGUAGAAAAACACAUCUCAGAUUUGCUAAGGCUGCAA